AGACAUAAACCCCAUCUCCUGAGAAGAUACAGCACGGUAAAGUCACGGCAGGAUAUAUAGGUGCCACGAAAAUCCACACCUCAUUGUGUGGUCAAAACCUUCAAUCUGAAAGCUGCUCAACUCAUUCUCCUCUGAAACACGAAAGCUGUCGGCCUUCCUCCUGUGAUGAAGGAAAACAUGCAGAUUGUUGCUCUGCUGUGUUUGUUCCUUUGCUGCAUGCAGACUGCAGGCUCUGAGAAAAUCAGUUUAAUCUCAGAGGAAAAGAAGAGCAUACCACUGAACAUGGUUGAAGACGCUGUUGAUGACAUGUACUUUGGCUGCAAUGAAACAAUGAUGAAAAUGAUCAACAAAUACUUUGAAAAAGAGAAAAACGAACCUUUUGGGGAGGUCUGGAACAGUUCAGAAAGCUGUACAAACCGAUCUUUAGAAUAUCAAAAAAAUGAGACCGAGGAUAAGGCUCUAACUAAGGAUCAUAUGCAAGCAAUUUGUGUUUAUACAUCUAAUCAUAUAUAUGAUAAUAAAUCUCAUGACGAGUUUUAUAAAACGUUUAAUACUGCAGUGCGGACGAACAGGAACAUCUACCGCACUGCCUUCAAAUUUCACUUCUUACAUUUCUGGUUGACAUCCGCAGUGCAGACCCUCAAUAAUGAGAAGAAAUGUCACACCAGUUACCGCAGAACCUCUUCUAACUUUACUGGUGAUGUCAACCAAACAAUUCGAUUUGGUUCCUUUGCCUCUACCUCUUACGACACAACACUGACCGUCUUUGGUAACGAGACUUGCUUUAAAAUUAAAACCUGUCUUGGUGCUUUUCUGAAAAAAUAUUCAUACUUUGAAGACGAAGAAGAGGUGCUCAUCCCACCAUAUGAGAAGUUCAAGAUAAAAGAAAAAAUACAGGAUAAAUCUGUAGAAGGUCUGAAUGACUGUGAGGUUGUGUAUAUCCUGGAGAGUGAUGGAAUUGCAAGCAACCUAAACUGCCAAGUGGCAAACCAAGCAAAUGAUAAGUGGUUCUUCAAUCGGUGGAGCAAAGUGAAAACUAAGUGAGGAGUUGAGUCAUGUAACCAUGUGCACACAAUCCUACACUCAUAAUAUAUAUAUGCAUACAUUUUCUUCAACCCACAUAUUCAUGUUCAGGGUUAGUUUAAUUAUACCAGGCUUGAGUUUUUAUGCUUCCUCAUCAUUUCAAUCAGGAGAGACUAAUAAGAAUCAAAAGUGAAUGAGAUAUUUCAAGUAAAAUUAAUUUUUGGUGAAAAACAAAAUAGAAUUUGGCGCGUGAAGUUGAUCUCCACUGGAAACUCUCAGACGAAAGAGGUGCAAAGGGUCUCCUUUGCAUGGAAGGAGCCCCCCCCCCCCGUGCCUAAAUGCUGGUGGUGAUAAUGACGAGUGAUGCUGACUGCGUGGAAGGGUAACUUGAAGAUGGAGGAUUUGACUGAAGAUGGCCAGACAUUGCAGCGGCGGUGGUGAAGGGGUGUAGCUGGGACGCAAAUAUUCACGGGGCUGAACAGACAGCUGAAUGACAGUGGAGAGAGAGAGAACACUUUUAAAAUCUGACAGCUUGCUAGCAAUUGGCUGUAGGAGAAACAUGACAGGCUGUGAUUGGAAGGGGGAAGAAAGACAUCUGGAACUAAUGGAUCGCGGAAAAACGCUUGUGACUUAAAGGGCACAAGCAAAGAGAGUCUUCCUGAUUGAACUUUCGCUAAGCUUCAUAUUAUUCUAUCAAUAUGUGGAAGGAUUCACAAGUUGUAAAAGGUGUUUCCGAUGUACUUUUACCUUUUUCAUUAUGUGCAACUCAUUUUUUAAUUUGAAACUUUCUGAAUGACUUAAAUAAAGCUUUAAACAGCAAAGUUUGGUUUCCUGUUUGAAUAACAGAAGAAAAUCCACCAACAAGGUGUUAGA